AUGCCACUCGUGUCGCCACCUCUCCAUUCCUCAACCAGGACACAUCUCAACGGUGCCGCGCCGUCGUGGGACCCCUUCGGGUUCCGCCCCGUCGCGCCUCAAGACCGGGGCCUUGACUCAACAGCUGCUCCGGGAGCCUCUUUGAGCCCCACAGCACCCACACCUGGUAUUUCAUUGCUAGCGGCCCGAAGAGAAACCAUGCCCCACCUCAGCCUAGGUGCCCACCCACCCUCCAAUUUUCACGCCGGCGUGCCCGGCCACUUCGACGAAGUUGAUCCUCUCCGUUCUCCGCCUGGUGUAGUACCGUCGUCACGUGCGUCUAGUGGAAAUAAUGUUGGCCAAAGACCCCCAGCAGUACUUGUUUCUUACAACUUCCCAGGGGAUCUUACCCCACGCGAAGCCCACUUAUUAUUUGCAUUUGCACCCGAGUAUAUUUCAUGUGACGUUACACGACCCACCAAAGAGGAAGCCGCUUUCUGUGUACCAGAUUCUACGGUUGUCGCCGCGCGUUUCCAUUCUGUACAGGCAGCUCAAGCUGCUCAAAUGAUGCUUGAUAAUCGUGUUGACUUAUUUGCAGAUUACCCAAGCUCCACUUCAUCCCCUAGGGGCUCUCAAGACUCCAAUUCUGCCGCACCCACACCUCCAAUUCGUUGCGAGGUAAGGGGACCAAGCAGCGGUCAGAACUCUGGGGGGCUCGGAAAAAGCAGGUUCCAGUUUGGCGAAGACGAAACGUGUUCGAUUGCUGCAUCACGAGCAGGCUCGGUUAGUGCUGUGGUACCUCAAUUUGGCCCAGCAAUGCCAGUGUCUGCCGGAUCUGCAAAAAGCCCCUUUGCGGGGGGAUCCAUGUUCGUGGCCGACCGCAUUUUCAGCCCAGCAGGCUCUAGACCACUGCCUCAAGGACGAACACUUUUUGGUGACCACGUUAACAAUUCCAUGAGUGGUCUGCAUAUAUCUGGGAUGAGUAGCCAGCAGCCUGCGGAAUCCCAUACCAUGGAUCGCCGCCCCAGUGCGCCUUCUCUUAGCGUGUCAUCCCCUCCAUCAAUAAACGGUGUCCUUCCCAGCAUGACCAAACGGCCCUCAGUAACAGGAAGGACAUUUGUGGCGGCCAAUUCAGCUGGCGGGUCGGACGAUCCUUCAAAAGUGGUUAUUCCAUAUACCCCACAAACGCAAGCCAAGGCAGCAGCAGUACUACAGAAUGGCGGCCGAGUUCUUCCCCCUGCUAACCCGGCGGAUCAAAAUCCUCCGUGUAACACACUGUACGUGGGGAAUUUACCGCCAGAUACGCAAGAAGAGGAGCUUAAAGAACUUUUUUCAACGCGAGCAGGAUACCGUCGACUGUGUUUCAGGGCCAAAAGCAACGGCCCAAUGUGCUUUGUUGAAUUUGAAGACGAACAUUACGCAGGACGGGCGCUGGAAGAGCUGUACGGCUUUGGUCUCUCCAACUCCAUAAAGGGGGGUAUCCGUUUGUCGUACUCGAAAAAUCCUCUUGGGGUUCGCUCAAACAGGCCGCGCACUACAGGCUCAAACAAUAGCCAUUGA